AUGGCCGAUGACGAUUCACAAAAGCCGCCAGAGCAACGGCUCACCGACGAAGAGCUUGCCUCGCUACCCCCCAUUGACUUUGUGACAUUGGGCAUGUUCAUAAUUGUUUAUGAUAUCCUCGGGGGUGCCGGGUCAUAUGGUGCCCUGGGAGCCCGUCUCUUUUCGCCGCCUCCCCACGCCUCCUCUGUGGGUUGGAUUGUCGACAAAGGCUCUGACUUUCCACAGUCCUUGACCGACCUCAUCAGCAGCUGGGGGACUUCCGUUGUGCUCCGCGACGACCCUGAGCGUCUGACCACUCGCGGAUGGAAUGGCUAUGAAAGCGCAGAAAAGCGUGCCUUCAGAUACACUACCCCCAAGAAACGCCUUACCGCCGGCGAUUUGACACCCCAUCUGCUACUUUCCAAGUCAUUCCACCUCAUCUGCUCCCCAACCAGGUGCAGAGACCUAGUAGCAGAGAUCACCUCGUCCCGCAAGCGUAUAUGCCCGCCGGAUGUGUACACAAAGCCCAUAUUCAUAUGGGAACCCGUACCAGACCUAUGUACGCCCGACGAGCUCCUUAACUGCACCAAUACCCUACCCCUCGUCGACAUCUGUAGUCCGAACCACUCAGAGCUGGCCGGUUUCAUGGGCGACGAUGGAUUGGACACGGAAACCGGCGAGAUCUCCAAGGCGGCCGUCGAGAGAUCGUGCGAGCAGCUCCUUGCCAGCAUGCCUCUUUCAUCCUUCACGCUAGUCAUCCGCGCUGGCGACAAGGGCUGCUAUGUCGCUCGGAACGGCGGCCGUAAGCGCCAGCCCAAGACACGGGACGGCAUAGGCUCGAAGCGCCGCAAAAAGGAUUACACAAGAGGCGGUAUUCAGCCCGACACCGACAUGGAAGCACUCUUCGCCGGUUUGCUUCAGGAUGACGAUGGUGUCGUUGUUCGCGAGGAGAUCGAGGUGGAUUCCGGUACGGAGCAGUGGAUUCCUGCUGUCCACAACGACCGCGCCAAGGUGGUAGAUCCAACUGGAGGCGGCAACACCUUCUUGGGCGGUCUCGCCGUCGCACUCGCGAGAGGUAAGAGCGUCGAGGAGGCUGCCAUAUGGGGCAGUGUCGCUGCCAGCUUUGCUAUUGAGCAAGUGGGCGUGCCUCAAAUGGAACAAGAUGACAAGGGCAACGAGACAUGGAAUGGCGUCAGGGUAGAGGACCGGCUUGCCGAAUUCAAAAGUCGUUUGUAG